CCCUUAUAUAAACAGCUUUCUGAAAAUUGAAAGCAAUAGCUUAAUCAGUAUUACUGUCGCUAAUUAAGAUCCUCCAUGGCCGAUUAUCAAGGCUACUUCAUACUUUUCUUCGUUUGGCUGGUCUCCGUGAUUUUGGUCAAAGCAAUCUUGAGAAAAACCAAGACCACGUAUCGUCUUCCACCAAGCCCGCUGGCCUUACCAAUCAUUGGACAUCUACACCUUCUUGGUCCAAUACCUCACCAAGCUUUUCACAAGCUUUCAACUCGCUAUGGACCAUUAAUUCAUCUGUUCCUUGGUUCUGUCCCUUGUGUUGUUGCUUCCUCCCCUGAAAUAGCUAAAGAGUUUCUCAAAACACAUGAAUUUUCUUUCCUUGACCGUCCAUGCAUAGCUGCUGUUGACUAUCUCACAUAUGGCUCAGCUGAUUUCUCAUUUACUCCUUACGGACCUUACUGGAAGUUCAUGAAGAAAGUAUGCAUGACUGAACUUCUUAGUGGCCCAACUCUUAAAAAUUUUCUUCCAGUCAGGUCUGAAGAGAUAAAGCAGUUUUUGCAGUUGAUGCUAAAUAAAGCAAACGCAAGGGAGGCAGCUGAUGUUGGACGAGAGCUUAUAGGGAUGGCAAAUCACGUAGUAUCCAGAAUGACUAUGGGCCAAAGAUGUUCCAGUAAUGAAGAAGAAGCCGAUGAGAUAAGGAAGUUGGUGCAUGAUGUUGCUGAGCUUACCGGGAAGUUUAAUUUGCAAGAUUUUAUUUGGUUCUGCAAGAACUUAGAUCUGCAGGGGUUUGGGAAAAGGUUGAAGGACGUUCGUGACAAAUUUGAUAAUUUGAUGGAGAGAAUUAUAAAGGAGCAUGAAGAGACAAGGAAGAUAAAUAAGAAAACAGGUGGAGAUGAGGCACCGAAGGAUUUACUUGACAUUCUACUGGACAUAUCAGAAGAUGAGAGCUCAGAAAUGAAGUUGACCAGAGAAAACAUUAAGUCCUUCAUCCUGGAUAUUUUUGCAGCUGGGACUGAUACAUCCGCUAUAACGGUAGAAUGGGCGCUGUCAGAACUAAUCAAUCAUCCAGAGAUAAUGAAAAAAGCAAGAGAAGAGAUUGAUUCUGUAGUAGGAAAGAGCAGACUAGUAGAAGAAUCAGACAUUGCCAACCUCCCCUACCUCCAAGCUAUAGUAAAGGAAACACUAAGGCUUCACCCCACUGGUCCAAUGAUCGUGAGAGAGUCAACUGAAAACUGCACUAUAAAUGGUUACGACAUUCCAGCAAGGACAAGACUCUUCGUUAACACAUGGGCUAUAGGUAGAGAUCCGAACCACUGGGAGAACCCACUUGAAUUCCACCCGGAAAGGUUUGUUGUUGAAGAUGGAAAGAGUCAGUUGGAUGUUCGAGGACAACAUUUUCAUCUGUUGCCUUUCGGAAGUGGAAGAAGAUCAUGCCCUGGAACCUCACUAGCACUGAACGUGGUUCAGGCAACUCUUUCUGCUAUGAUUCAGUGCUUUGAUUGGAAGCUUUCUGGAGGAGUUGUCACUGCUGACAUGGAAGAAGGACCUGGACUAACUCUUCCAAGAGCUCAUCCUCUAAUUUGUGUCCCAGUUACUAGGCUUAAUCCACUUCCAUUACUCUGAUUAUUCACGAAAGAAUAAGAAACUAGACCUGCUGAUCCUUCCUAAUUGUGUGGUUCUUU